AUGACCACGUGUCCCGGGCAACGGACGAUGGACGCCUCGGGCCGAGGUGUACGUGAGAAGCAGCAUCAGCAGCAUCAGCAGCAGGAGGAAGAGGAGGACGAGGUGACCAAAAUGGUACCGGCCUGGAAGUUGGAGGCGCUGGAGAAGCGUCGGCAACGCGAGAUGACCACCGACGUGGAACGACGCUGGGAAGAGGUGAUGGCGAAUGACGGCGAGGGCGCCCCCGACUGGCUGCGCGAGGCGGCCAUGCGGCGCAAGGCGUCGUUGCAACGCGACACCACUUCCGGUACAGCUCCGUGGAUGAACGAGGUGAAGCGGAAGAACGCCGGUCUCGCAAGGCGGAUGUCUGAGGCCCAGGAGACCGACGACCACGUCGAGCCGAGUCCCUCUGUCCAGCCGAAACCGACACCGAAACCGACAUCGACAUCGACAUCGACAUCGACAUCGACACCGACGCCGACAUCGGCACCGGUGACGGCGAGAAAGGUGGACAAGUGA